CGACUUUUGCUCACCGACAAUUCAAGGGGCUGGGGGCUGUUGCGGCUGGCUGGGCGAACCCCCUGGCAGCCUGGACAGAUCUGCGUUGCCAUAAAAACCCCUAAAACAACCCUGACAGCCAGAACUGGCCCCCUGGCCUUAAGGCUAGUCUGGAUCUGCUCCAGUGUUUUUAGACGCUCGCCAUUUGCGCUUGAACCAUUUAGGCAGCUCGCUGGAACUUGGCUCAAGACGUUCCGGAGGGGGAUUGUCAAGCCACCGUGGCUAGAACUUUUAAUGAUUACCCCUUUCGGAAAGUCAGCUUUAGCUGCGUAGUGUGUAGCCACAUCUAUGACGUCCCUUAUUGGAUGCACCUUUACACCUUAUCCAUCCACUACCUAUCUUGAGUACCCAACACCACCUAACAAGCCUAAUGAGCAUGACUUGGCCUUUCAAGUUUAUAAGUUAAUUUCGUAAUAUUUUGUUGAAGUUUUGCCUCAGACUGCUUAAGUUAAUAUACCUUUUAUCAUUAUCAUCGCGAAUUUGAGAUACCCAAGAUGACUGACAGAGCACCUCCUAAUUAUUACAAGAUCCUCGAGGUCUCCGAAACUGCUAAUACGCAGCAGAUUCGCGAUGCCUAUAAACGAGCUGCUCUCAAAACCCACCCGGAUAGAGUUGCUUCGAACUCGCCUGAGCGGCCCGCGAGAACACGCAGGUUCCAGCUCGUAAACGACGCUUACUACACACUUUCGGACACCACGCGGCGGCGUGAAUACGACGCCCAACGCAGACGGUUCGGCGGCGGGCGCAGCAAUUACACGUUCGACGACGCAGAUGACCCAGAGGAAUCCGUGCCUCCCGGGACAGGCGGAGGAGGAGGAGCAGGAGCAGCACAGAAUGCAUACUCGUGGGCGUGGAACUUCUUCACGGGCGGGAACACGGAUUCGCAAGCCAAUGCGCAACAGGCGCGGCAGCAGGCGGAAGACGCGCAGUUCGGGGACGUGUUCGAGGAGAUGCUGCGGGAGCAAGGGCUCGCGGACGAGGACACAAACGGGCCGACGUCCAAGUUCUGGAGCAUACUCGGCGCGGCGAGCGGGGGUGUGCUGGGCUUCAUCAUGGCGAACGUGCCGGGCGCCGUUGCGGGCGCCGUUGCGGGGAAUAGGUUGGGCGCUGUGAGGGAUGCGAAGGGCAAGAGCGUGUAUGCUGUCUUCCAGGACUUGCCGCAGGAUGAUCGUGCGAGGCUAUUAGCGCAGCUUGCUACAAGGGUGUUUAGCCAUGCCGUGGGGAUCUGAAGUAUUGGCGGUUGGUUUUAUGUUUCUGCCCCUACGUUUCUACCCUUAUGACCUAUGAGAACAUGAGCAUCUCGGUAUGCAAGGUCUACGUAAUUUGGUUUGAGCCGCAUUUCCUUCUACUGGAGAUUAUGCGUGGAGUUUGGGUGGUUCGGGUGAUUUUAAAGCUUUGCUGGUUGAUGGGUAAGGGAAGGACUGAACCGGAUAGAGAGAGGUUUUAGUAACAAACUGUCAUUCUUGGUAGAAAGAAGGCGUGAGUUUAUAGUCUUAUAAGUAUAUCACAGUUAUCCCAUAUUGAUUACCUAAGGGCACAGGAUAUUUACAUAGUAUUUAUGUAUCUGCAGUGAAUUAUCUUUUAACUUUUGGUUAUGG